AUGGGGGCACCGUUCGAGGGAAUCAUUCAAGAUGUUAAAGGAAGAGUUAAAUGCUAUAAACAAGAUUGGGUCUGUGCAAUCUGUUCUGGUGUUAGCAUAUUGGCUCCAACUUUCUACAUAUUCUUUGCUUCUGCACUUCCUGUUAUUGCAUUUGGAGAGCAACUUAGUAGGGAUACAAAUGGAAGCUUGAGCACGGUCGAAACAUUAGCAUCUACUGCUAUUUGUGGAAUUAUCCACUCGAUUAUAGGUGGCCAACCUUUGUUGAUUUUAGGAGUUGCGGAACCGACUGUUAUAAUGUAUACUUAUCUCUACAAUUUCGGCAAAAAUACACCUGAUUUGGGUGUUGAGCUCUUUCUAGCUUGGGCUGGUUGGGUUUGUUUUUGGACGGCGUUCAUGUUAAUUUUGCUUGCAAUUUUUAAUGCUUGCAAUAUUAUCACUAGAUUUACAAGAAUUGCAGGGGAGUUAUUUGGCAUGCUUAUCACUGUUCUUUUCUUUCAAGAGGCUAUAAAGGGACUGUCAUUUUUUUCUCUAGGACUAAUCGUCUUCACACUUAAAAGCAGAAGAGCAAGAACAUGGCGAUAUGGAACAAAGAAACUACGAGGCUUUAUUGCAGAUUAUGGGGUUCCAAUGAUGGUUGUGUUGUGGACUGCAGUAUCUUAUAUAAAGCCAAGCACUGUUCCACAUGAUGUUCCUAGAAGGCUGUUUUGUCCACUUCCCUGGGAACCCGCGUCUCUUUAUCACUGGACAGUAGCGAAGGAUAUGUGGAAGUGUGGCUUCUAA